AUGGUAGCGAACUGGCGUCAAGUGCCGAGGUCAGGAUGGGUGUCGAUUGCCGGUGCCAGGGGGCCCUGGUGCAUGGGUCCCGGCCCCGCGGCCGCGCUGCGCGGUUUACGUCAUGGCGUGCCGAGAACGUUGGAUGAGACCUUGUCGACUAGUGUUUACUGUCGUUCGCAGAUACACUUGUCGAGACAAUUGGCUUACCUGCAUCCCGAACUAACGAUGCCCAUCUUCAGUGAGAUAACGUAUCGGUUCAAGAGUGCCCGUCCACCGGUUCGUCAAUUAUUGUUGUCUUAUUUGCUGCCCUGGCUGAGCAACAUGGAGCUGAUUGACAGACACGUUCCUCCUGCCAAUCCCUUGGACGACAUUCAGUAUAAUUCGGACAACUCCCCAGCGAGAAUGGGCACUUGCAGAGAUGGAAUGGGAUCCGUGGAGGCGACAGAGAUGGUUUUGAACAAUUUAUUCUACAUUACUGCUGAGUUCGGUGAUGAGUUCCCAGAUGAAUUGGAAAGCAUCUGGUCCUCGUUGUGUUCCUGCUGGCCGAAUAAUCUUCGUGUGAUUUUGCGGUACUUGCUGAUCGUCACGGGCAUGGCGCCGGAUCGGCUGCUCCCUUUUUCGAAAAGAGUGGUGUUGUAUAUGGGUCGUUCGAGGCCGUCGCAUCUCGUGGACGAAUUGAUGGCCGAGCUGCAGACUGUGGAGGCCCUAAAUUUCCUCAUCGAACGAAUGGAACGGCCGCCGUUUUUCCGGCUCACUUGCGUCCGCAAGGGCUCGACGCAUUCUGAAAACGGCGCCGGUGUGAUGGACGAAUCUGUGUCGACAGUUGCGACACUGCUGGCCCCGCCAUCGUCAGCCAACGUCACUAGUGAAUUGCCGCCGACGUCCAGCGGCACGUCUGCCAGCCCCUCGGCAGGUACCGUCAGAGAACGGUCUGCGUCGGGCGCGACAAACAAGAAGCUUUCCGAAGACAGCGGUCGGCUUCAAGAAAAAUACUUCGACGCUACGGUGAUCGUUAUAAUGCCCUUGCCUCACCAGUUGAAGCAUUACUCUUCUUCCAAGGUCGAAGGAACAAUUUCUUCGCGGAAACCGAAUUCGGGUCAAGUUACGUUUAAAGCGGAUCUGCAGGCAAGUGGAUCUAUUCGAAGUGGUGCUUCGAGCUUGUCUAGCGGCGGCAGCGUUGUGACCAGAGCGGAUCGUUCGACGGUGCGGAAUCUUUACGCUGCGUCGCAUGAUGAUUCAGGGGUUCAGCAAGAAGACAACUUUUCGUUCUUCCGUCGCCAACAAAGCGAAUCAUCCGGCAAAAAAGGACGAGUCAGUUGGGAGCAUCAGCAGGGUGAUGAGAUCUCGCAUCCAAGGCCGCUACCAAUGCCGGAAUACGGUGGCUAUUUCGCUCCUCUCUCGGUUUAUUUGCCGGAGAGCUCGCAAACGCCGUCACAAUUUCAUCGGUCGAACCUAGCCGUGAUGUUCCUCUCGGACGUGGUCGUCGCGGGUUUGCCGGGAGUGGACUGGUGGGUGCACUUGCCGACGAUGUUGCACAUGAUUUUCCUGGGCCUGGACCACGCCCGACAGUUGGUGCAUGACCACUGCGAACGUCUCCUGCUCAACUUGCUGGUGGUACUCGGGGGUCAUUCGGAUCAUUGGACCGUGGCGCGAGUCCUGCUCGACAGCCGGACCGACAAGGCGACUGUCAACCCGGCCUCGACGUCGCCGUUGCUGCCGACGCAUCUGAUUAUCAACUUCACC